AUGUCCACUCAACCCCUCCUGCAACGCACAGCAGGGAAGCGCAUCGCCCUUCCUGUGCGCGUGGAGCCCAAGGUCUUUUUCGCCAACGAGAGGACGUUUCUCUCCUGGCUCAACUUCACCGUAACCCUCUCCGCUCUCGCUGCCGGUCUGCUCAACUUUGGCGAUAAUGUUGGGCGAAUCAGUGCGGCCAUGUUUUCUUUUGUUGCAAUGGCCAUCAUGGUCUACGCCCUCGCAACGUACCACUGGCGCGCGGCUGCCAUCCGUAAUCGUGGGUCUGGGCCAUACGACGAUAGGUUGGGCCCUACGAUGCUCUCCGUCAUGCUCCUCGUGGCCGUCCUCGUCAACUUCAUCCUGCGCUUCAGGGAUGCGUGA